CUCGAACAAAUGUAACGCGUUGAAAUUGCGAGAUUAUUGAAUAAAUGUUAAUAAACAGCCAGCAGCAUGAACAAGGAGGAUGAUAUUUGUUGGUAUCAUGAGAAACUGACCAGGAAAGAAGCCGAACAGUUACUACUACAAGAUGGGAAUGUGGAUGGAUCAUUUCUAGUGAGAAGGAGUGGAUCUUCAUCAGGUGAUUUUGUCUUGUCAGUGCUGCAUAAUAAUGAGGUGGCACACUUUCAAAUUAGAAGACACAUUGAUGAUGCCUUCUUUUCAAUUGUUGAGAAUACAAAAGUGCAUGGCCUGGAAUCCCUCAUAGAAUUCUACAAAGAAAACCCUACUGGUAUUGAUGGUGUUCUAUUAACUGAGCCAAUAAAGGGCGAAUUACCUCCGCACGAUACACGUAGGCAUGGCCGCACGAAUUUGCUUCACCGCGCGGCGAAUCACGGCAAUGAAACGAUUGUUUUGGAGUUGCUGAAGUCAGGAUAUCGUCACGAGGCGAAAAAUGAAAACGGCCAGACUGCCGUGCAUCUUGCAAGCAUCAAGGGACACAAUGACAUACUCAGAAAACUGAUUGAAUAUGAAGCAAAUGUUAAUUCAAGGGACACAGCUGCAUAUACACCAUUACAUUAUGCAUGUAGAAAUAACCUGGUUGCAACUGUAAAUGUCCUCGUGCGUGAAGGGAAGGCUAAUAUUCAAGCAAGAAACACCGAAAACGAUUGGGUGCCUUUACAUGAAGCCGCAAAUGCUGGACAUAAGAAAAUCAUUCAAGAAUUACUCUCAUUGAAUGCCCCGGUACGUCCGCGAACAAAAAACAACGAGCUUCCUAUUGAUUUAGCACGAACAAAUGGACAUUUUGAUUGUGUUGCCAUUCUGGAGGAGUACACAGCGCCGAAAACAAAAACAAACAUGUCGCAAUGGUACCACGGCACAUUAAAUCGCCAAGAAGCCGACGCAUAUAUUCGUGAAUAUCAACUGGACAUACAAAACGGCACUUUUCUCGUGCGUUAUAGCACACGGAACAAAGAACUCGUGCUCACCAUGUACAACGAAGGGAUUAUUUUUAAUUUUAUCAUUAGAAAUAAAGAUAACUAUUAUUUUAUUGACGAUGGGCCGUAUUUGGACUCAUUGGAGCAUGUGAUUGAGUACUAUAGUUAUCUACAGGAUGGUAUGCCGACGCUUUUGCAGUUUCCGGUGCCUCCCAAGCCGAAACCACCAGUUCCUGAAUGUAAAACAAUUCCACGCCAAAAAAAGAAGCAACCGAACAAUUCCAGCACCUCUACUGUAUCUACACUAAAACCUAAACCAUCUGUACCAUCAACAGAUGAUGAACUACCUAGUCAGUUUCGCAAUAUCAAGUUUUCUAGUAGCUUCGAACUGGACAUCAAUCAAUCCACUUCGUCGCUGAAUAACAAUCAAAACGACCUCGAUGCCAACACAAACUCAAACUACAAUCAUUUCGCGUUGGGUAUACCUUCAUCUCCGCAGUUAUUACAACGCAAUAUUAAUCAACAGGAAUAUAUUCCCAAAGAAAAAGUUACACGAUGUAACUUAUUGGGUGUAGGUGAAUUUGGCUCAGUUUAUCAAGGUCUGUAUCAUAUUGAUGGUACAACAGUGAAUGUAGCGAUAAAAACCCUGAAUGACGAACAAAUCGAGCUCAACCAGGAGUCAUUUUUACGUGAGGCGCGUGUUAUGAUGCGAUUGAAACAUCAUUGCAUCGUAAAAAUGUUGGGAUUGUCUUUGGGACCGCCAUUGAUGAUGGUGCAAGAAUUACUACCGAUUGGUAGUAUGUUGCAUUAUAUUGUAACAAAGAAGGAUAGCAUUAGUGCGGAGCAGGAGUUUUCUAUAUGGGCUGCACAGAUUGCGAGCGGAAUGUGUUACUUGGAAAGCGAAGGAUUUGUUCAUCGGGAUUUAGCUGCCAGGAAUAUUCUACUUGCGAGUGUUAAUCAAGCAAAGAUUAGCGAUUUCGGUUUGUCGAGAGCUGUAGGUGCCGGAAGCGAAUAUUAUAGAGCUAAAGUUGGUGGAAAGUGGCCGUUGAAAUGGUACGCACCUGAGUCAUUUAACUACGGCACAUUUUCGAAUCAAAGCGACGUGUGGAGUUUCGGUGUGACUAUUUGGGAGAUGUACUCAUUCGGACAACAUCCCUAUGGUGAAAUGAAAGGAUCUGAAGCAAUCGAACUGUUGAUGAAGGGUAAACGUUUGGAACAACCGGAAAAGUGUCCGGAGCGCGUCUAUGAAAAGAUGUUGGAGUGUUGGAGGUUUGAACCCAGUGAGCGUCCGACAUUCGCACAACUCUUUGAUUUUUUUGCUAACAACUCGGCGUAUAUCAAUAUUAAGGAACUGAUUGGGGAAGUUAAUUUGCCAUAGAGUGUCUGUUGCGGUGCCAUUUAUGAAAUUUUUAUAUGAUAUUUUAUAAAUGAGAAUAUUUUAUGAACAGAUUUAUAGAUUUAUAGACGAAGGAUGAAAUUAUUUUAGAAUAUUUACUAUUUAUUGAUGAUUGAGUAUGAGUAUAUUCUAGUGUACGCAUCAGUGCAUCAGUUUGACGUUAUUUUUGUAUGCAGAUUUUAUAUUGUGACGAUUUAGAUCGAUGUAUCGAAGUAUUUUAUGAACUGUUUGUACAAAAAUCGAGUUUAUGUCAUGGCAUUUUGAUAUUUGAAUGAUAACAUUAAAGAUUGCUUAUGUAAUAAAUAUUCUGAAAUAUAAAUUAUAAAUUGAAAAGUA